AUGGAAACCGUAUUGACACGUUUUAACAGAAAGCUGGUACUCGAAGAUAGAAAAGUGAUCCUUUUUCUCGACAAUGCUCCCUGUCAUCCAGAAUCCAUUAUUGGCCAAUUCUCGCAGAUCAAGAUCGUCUUUUUACCGAAAAAUACAACUUCGAGGUUGCAACCACUGGAUGCAGGCAUCAUUCAAAAUUUCAAGGUCAAAUAUAGAAAAAGACUUGUUAAAUACGUAUUGGCAAGAAUCCAGGAGAACACAUCAGCAACUGAAAUUGUCAAGGCUAUCAACGUGCUUAAAUGUGGCAUCAAAAGAGAUAGCGAGGAGAUAGAAGAAAAUGACGGAGAUGAUGAUUUGGAGUUUGAGGCACUUGUAAAGGAAUUUACCACAGACUUAUCCGCAGCAGAAUAUGUCAACUUCGACGCAAACGUUCCAGCAUCAGAACCCAUGAUUAACGAAUUAGAAAUCGAUUGGCGACAGAAGGUCAGACAUGAUAGUAUCGAUGCAAUCUGCAAUCGAGAAAAGCCAGAUGAUCAGAUUCAGGAAAUUUUUGACGACGACCAAGAUUAUGAGGAUAAUGACGACUAUGGGCCAGAACAAGAAGAGCAGAUGAGCUGCAAAGAAAUCAUCACAACGUUGGACAAAAUGCGCCGUUGUACCGUCUUCGAUGAAGAAAGUCAAAAUGCUGACGGCAGUUACAAAAAAGAUUGA